AUGGCGGCCGGCAAGGCCGCGGCUGCCGUGGCGCAUUCGCGCGCUUCGGCGCUGGAGGAUGCGACAAACGUGAAGGCUUGGACCGGCCUGGCGCGCAGUUGCGUGGAACAGAUGGCGUUGGCGUCGGAGAGCGUGGAGGAGGCAGCGCGGAUGAUGGCGAGCGGCGGCGAGGACGUGAAUCUGCCGCGCAUCCACCUCUCCAGCGCCGUCACACUCGCGCUCGACUGCGCCCAGGGCUUCGACCGCUUCGCGCCGGGCAGCUCCCGCGACCCGCGCGUCAACGCCCUGCAGAAAGCAGCGAUGGACGCGCGGGCGCUGGCGAUGGAGGCGCUGGGGCGAGCAGCGGACAUGGCGGCCAUGAUUGCAACAGCCGAUAACUCUGCUGCUGCCGCCUCCGUGCCCUCUCGCCGCCGCCUUCUGCAAGCCGCCGGCGCGACCAGCGGUGGUGCAGACUCCACCGUCAUGGGUGCAGGCAUGGGCACUGCCACCACGGUGGCCAACAAACACAACUCCAGCCCCAACACCGGCACUCCCAGCACUGGCAAAGGCGCCGGCCACAAACACAACUCCACUCGGCCCACUCGCCACGGCCCGCAACAAGCUGUCAGUGCUGGCAGGUACGGGCAAUGUUAUCCGGGUGGCCAACUCCGACAACCCCAUCCCCGAAACCAGCCCUUCUGGCAAUUCUGGCGUCAUUCCCGGCACCGGCACCAGCACCGCCGCCUGUGGCAAGCCGUCACUGCGGGUAGGGCUCCUCAUGCGGGCCCCACUGCCACCGGUGCAGGCACAGCCAUUGCCAUCACGGUGGCCAACCCCCACAACUCCAUCUCCGACACCACUCCUGGCACCGGCAUGGCCACCACCACUGAACCGCCUUGCCGGCUACUGCCGGAUCCUUCCCCUCCACCUUCGCCCCCCCCUCCUUCCCCUCCUCCCUCUUCUCCUCCCCCUCCCUCACCUCCUCCAUCUCCCCCUCCACCUUCCCCCCCUCCUCCCUCCCCUCCUCCACCUCCCUCCCCUCCUUCUCCACCUCCCUCCCCUCCUCCGCCUCCCUCCCCUCCUCCUCCACCUCCCUCCCCUCCUCCACCUCCCUCCCCUCCUCCACCUCCCUCCCCUCCUCCUCCACCUCCCUCCCCUCCUCCUCCUCCUCCUCCUCCUCCUCCUCCUCCUCCUCCUCCUCCUCCUCCUCCUCCUCCUCCUCCUCCUCCCUCCCCUCCUCCUCCACCUCCCUCCCCUCCCCCUUCCCCGCCCCCAUAUCCGCCCCCAUCUCCGCCCCGAUCUCCGCCCCCUUCCCCACGGCCCCCUCCGCGCAUCACCCCCACGGUCACCGUGGCACAGGAUGGUUCCGGGAACUUCCUCACCGUGCAGGUGCGUGUGAAAGAGAAUGUGUGCAUGCUUACAGGAGAGGGAAAUUCGGCCUCACAUCACUUGAGCGCUGGCGUCGCCCUCACAGCUCUGUGUGUGCCUUGCCUUGUGUGCACUCUGUGUGUCUCCUGGGGCGAGCAGGAAGCGAUCAGGGCAUACCCGGUGGGGUUCACGGGGCGCUAUGUGGUGUUGAUCCAGCCGGGCGUGUACCACGAGAAGGUGGCCAUCAACUCCACGUGCAAGAACGUCACGCUGCUGGGGCUGGCUGCUGCAUCCACCGUCAUCUCCUGGAACGACAACGCCACUGCCGGCACCGGCACCUUCCAGUCCGCCACUGUUGGUAAGCAACCACCCAUGCUCCCUCGCUCCUCUCCUCCCUGCCGCCGCCACCUGGUCUGCACGUUUCUGUUUGCGCUUCUUCUACCUCUAUUUCCAUCUUCUAAGGUGCUUCCCGCUGCUGUGCUCUCUUCGCCCCACUUUCGCGUGGCUGUGGCCGGGACUGGAUUUGUAGCCAUCGGCAUUCGCUUUGAGAACACGGCAGGGAGGGCUGGGAACCAAGCGGUGGCGUUCAGGCAGUCGGGCGACAACGCAGCCUUUUACGAGUGCGAGUUUUUCGGGUCGCAGGACACCCUGUAUGCGCACGUUGGGCGCCAGUACUACCGCAACUGCUACGUGAAAGGGUCGGUGGAUUUUGUCUUUGGCAACGGUGCGGCUGUCUUGGACAACUGCACGUUCCACAUCCUCCCAUACGCGGGUGUGGCACUCACGGCGUCUGGUCGCACCAACUACACGGAGAACACGGGCAUUCCUCAACUCCGUCAUCCAGGGCAACCUUGUCAACAAGGCAUACCUCGGACGUCCCUGGAAGCCCUACGCGAGAGUGGCUGUCAUCAGCACAAAAAUCGGAAAUGUGGUACAGUGUACACCACUUCCACGUUCAUCGAGCGAGGCAACAGUGGACCGGGGUCUGUGGGGCCGCGCAUAGCGUGGGCACUGCCGGGCAUCGUGACUGACCCUGCGCAGGUCGCCAUGUAUUAUCCCAACAGCUUCCUAGCACCCUUCUCCUCCAUCGCCAAACUCAUUCCUUUCCCCUGGCUCUGA